AUGGCGCGCCCUGAGAAACAGAACGAACAAGUCCCACCGACAACAGCUCAUUCCAACUCAGGCUCUUUUACAAUGCUCAUCUCAAUUGUUGUCUGCGCUGUAGCGUAUGUCGCGAUUUCAUUUGCGAAGGAGACUUCGCUAUGGGCAAGAGAAACAGACGUGACCUCGCUUCCUCCACAAGCAGUCAUGGUAGACCCAGCCUCGUUUGCAGUCCUCGGCGCCAACGGAACUUUUCGCACCAAUGCGUUUGACGCUGGGUUCAAUCCUACAGGAACAGCACUUCCUUUCUUUCAAGUAUUCGACAAGAAGUUUUUGAAGGUCUUAGGGAGUAGCGCAACCAUUACAUCGAUUGCGUCAAACGCGACUUUUGCAUUCGCUCAUGAAGCUCCGAUCUAUGACGCCAAGCAGGAUGUCAUGUAUUUCGCCAGCAACGACGGAGGGGCACUCGGCAUGAGCGAUAUUGACCACAAUAACAAAGUGGGGACAAUAAACUUGAAAACUAUUCCCACAAAUCUAAACGGGACCCCCAUUGAAGUUCCGGUGACAGAGCUAAACCUCCCAGACAGUAUUCAGAUGACCAAUGGCGGCACGGGUCCUUUCCGUGGCAACCUCAUCCUUAUAAACUCGGGUCGCGGCAACCUGCCCCCAUCUAUUGCCCUCGUCAACCCAAAUCCGCCGCACAACGCCACGGUCUUAGUCGACAAUUACUUUGGAAGGCAAUUCAACUCACUUAACGAUGUAAAAAUUCAUCCGUCGGGCAAAAUCUUCUUCACUGACACAGUAUAUGGCUGGCUGAAUCAUUUCCGCCCACAACCUCUACUUCCGAGUCAAGUUUACCGACUUGACCCUGACACGCGAGCUGUUCGAAUCGCUGCAACCGACUUCGACAAAUCUAAUGGGAUCGCAUUCAACGGCGAUGGGACUAUCGCAUAUAUUGCGGACACUGGAUCAACCAGUGGCUUCCUCGGAAACAACCAAACAGAACCAGCAACCAUAUAUGCCUUUGACGUGCAUCCGACCACUCAGGCUUUCAUGAACCGCCGUGCCUUCGCGUUCGUUGACUCUGGCGUACCUGAUGGUGUGCAAGUUGACACAGACGGCAAUGUUUAUGCGGGCUGUGGCGAUGGGGUACAUGUCUGGGCUCCAGACGGCACUCUUAUUGGAAAAUUCUUCAUUGGCACAACAUCUGCGAACAUGGCCUUUGCUGGCCCUGGUCGUUUGGUUAUCCUCGCGGAGACGAAAAUCUUCCUUGCGAAGAUUGCUGCGAAACCUAGUUUGUUUACCUCUUAA